CACUUAAACUUCUGACCUCUAAUCAGAAUCAGUUUCUUCCGUUUUUCCAAAGAUAGAGACUUUAAGACCACCAAAUGUUGCAAAUAGUUUCUAUUUCCAGAUCUUGAAACCCAGAAUUAUUUCUCUAUUGAUCAGCAUAAAACACAAUUUCACACACAAGAACAACGAGAUAAAGAAGAAUAGAGAGACACUUAUUAUACACAUACAUCAAAAAGAAGAAGCAAAAUGGGAUUCCAAGCAAAUGGGGAUGCAGUCGGAGGCAUGAACAAUAAAUACAGGAGGAUGGAUUCUGAUGCAGUACAGGAGGAGGAUGCUGUUGUGUUGUCUAAUAAUAAUGGUCAAAGCCAAGAGUGUAUUAAUAGGAAACAUGAUGUCAAGAAAUAUGUUCUUGCUUGCGCCAUCUUUGCCUCUCUCAAUUCUGUCCUCAUGGGCUACGAUGUGGGUGUUAUGAGUGGUGCAAUUAUAUUCAUUCAACAAGAUCUGAAGUUAUCAGAGGCACAAGAAGAAAUUCUUGUGGGAAUCUUAAGCAUAAUUUCUCUUUUCGGCAGUUUAGCUGGAGGAAAAACAUCUGAUGCGAUUGGUCGAAAGUGGACAAUAGCCUUAGCAGCUGUUGUUUUCCAAACAGGGGCAGCUAUAAUGACUCUUGCCCCUUCUUUUUCAAUACUGAUAAUAGGCAGACUAUUGGCUGGUAUAGGGAUAGGCUUCGGUGUCAUGAUUGCACCAGUGUACAUAGCGGAGAUAUCACCUACUGCCGCCAGAGGAUUUCUUACCUCAUUUCCUGAGAUUUUUAUAAAUCUAGGAAUCCUUUUGGGAUAUGUUUCUAAUUAUGUUUUUUCAGGACUUCCAGCUCAUAUAAGCUGGAGGGUGAUGCUUGGUGUGGGAAUCCUUCCCUCAAUCUUUAUGGGGUUGGCGUUGUUUGUGAUUCCUGAAUCACCAAGGUGGUUGGCAAUGCAGAAUAGGAUUGAAGAAGCAAGAUUAGUUCUGUUAAAGACAAAUGAAAAUGAAAGUGAAGUGGAGGAAAGAUUGGCAGAGAUACAACUAGCUUCAGGCCUUACUAAUGCAGAGAAGUAUGGAGCAAAUGCUGUGUGGCAUGAAAUAUUACAUCCUUCUCCAGCAGUUAGACAGAUGCUGAUCGCUGGCUGUGGAAUUCAGUUUUUCCAACAAAUUACAGGAAUUGAUGCAACAGUAUACUAUAGCCCCACAAUUUUCAAGGAUGCUGGGAUCAAGGGCAACACUCAGCUUCUAGCUGCGACUGUUGCUGUUGGGUUCACAAAAACUAUGUUCAUUUUGGUUGCUAUAUUUCUUAUAGACAAAGUGGGCAGAAGACCUUUGCUCUUUGUAAGCACAGUUGGGAUGUCCACAAGCUUACUUGUUUUGAGUGUUUCUCUCCUUUUCAUGGGAGAUGGAAAAUUUGGGAUUGGAUUGGCAAUGUUAUCAGUUUGUGCGAAUGUGGCUUUCUUCUCUAUAGGACUUGGCCCUGUUUGUUGGGUUAUGUCAUCUGAAAUCUUCCCUUUAAGGCUUCGAGCUCAAGCAUCUGCUCUUGGGGCAGUAGGCAGUAGGGUUAGCAGUGGUGUGGUUACUAUGUCUUUUCUAUCAGUGUCUCGAGCUAUCACAGUAGGAGGUACUUUCUUCGUCUUUUCAGUAAUUUCAGCACUUUCUGUUGUUUUUGUCCACAAAUGCAUUCCAGAAACAAAAGGCAAGUCUUUGGAACAAAUUGAGAUGAUGUUUCAGAAUGAGGGAGAGUGGCAAGGAGGUGAGGUUGAAUUGGGUGAUGUAGAACGACUUGUACAGAAAGAUUGAGCAGCUGGCACGAUUGAUUGUAAUCUACAAACUUAGAGUAGGAAAAGCAAUGUAGGUGGUGGAUGAUUUUCACACAUCUUGUGAAUGCUAUACAGUUCAAAACUAUUAAGGAACUUCAGGGAACACACAACUCCAUAAUUGAUACCUAUACACUGACAAAACCAGAAGCAUUAAAAUCUUCAUUGCAGAGCUACAAUGGCGGCCUUUACAACGAGUGGCUUCAAAGUUAUAGGAGCCUAACGUACAGUUUCUUCAUUGAUUGUUCUAUUUGUGUUUUUUGAAGGUGGAGAUUGAGCUUUCAUAUAUAUUCAUUUAAGUUGUAGGGAUUAACUCCCUAAUCUUCUUCUUCUUCAAAUGUAUUGAAAGGAUUAAUCAUCGACUGCUCUAGUAGGAAGAAAAUGUAAGAUGAUAUAUGUGUACGACAAUGAAUUGUUGAACUAGGCAGCAGUAACUCAGGAAAUAAAGCUCUUUUCUGGUUUGUCAA